GGGCGGCGAGGGCGGCUCCCACUCGCGCGGCGCCGGCCGGGUCCCCGCGCGGCCCCCGCUCAUGUCCUCCGCGCCCCCGCGCUCGCCCACCCCGCGGCCCCGCAGGAUGAAGAAGGACGAGUCGUUCCUGGGCAAGCUCGGCGGCACGCUGGCGAGGAAGAAGAAGGCCAAGGAGGUGAGUGACCUGCAGGAAGAAGGCAGACAUGCCAUCAACUCGCCGAUGUCCCCCGCCUUGGCGGAUGUUCACCCCGAAGACAUGCUGCUAGAGGAGAACGAGGAGCGCACGAUGAUCGACCCCACCUCCAAGGACGACCCCAAAUUCAAGGAGCUUGUCAAGGUUCUCAUCGACUGGAUCAAUGACGUCCUGGUGGAGGAGAGGAUCAUUGUGAAGCAGCUGGAGGAGGACCUUUACGAUGGCCAGGUGCUUCAGAAGCUCUUGGAAAAGCUGGCCGACUGCAAGCUGAACGUGGCCGAGGUGACACAGUCUAAGAUAGGCCAGAAGCAGAAGCUGCAGACGGUGCUGGAAGCGGUACACGGCCUGCUGCGGCCCCACAGCUGGGCGCUCCAGUGGACCGUGGACUCUAUUCACGGGAAGAACCUGGUGGCCAUCCUGCAUCUCCUCGUGGCCCUGGCCAUGCACUUCCGGGCCCCGAUCCGUCUCCCCGAGCAUGUGUCUGUGCAAGUGGUGGUCGUACGGAAGCGGGAAGGCCUGCUGCAUUCCAGCCAUGUCACAGAAGAGCUGACCACAACGACAGAGAUGAUGAUGGGUCGCUUUGAGCGCGACGCCUUCGACACGCUCUUUGACCACGCCCCGGACAAGCUCAGCGUGGUGAAGAAGUCUCUCAUCACGUUUGUGAACAAGCACCUGAAUAAGCUGAACUUGGAGGUGACAGAGCUGGAGACCCAGUUUGCAGAUGGCGUGUACCUGGUUCUGCUCAUGGGCCUUCUGGAAGACUACUUUGUGCCCCUGCACAACUUCUAUCUGACCCCAGACAGCUUCGACCAGAAGCCAGCGCCCUGCACUGGGCCUGUUGCGGCCUGUGGAUGUACCGAUUCUGCUCUCGCUGCCCUGGCAGGUCCACAACGUGGCGUUUGCCUUUGAGCUGAUGCUGGACGGAGGGCUCAAGACACCCAAGGCUCGGCCUGAAGAUGUGGUGAACCUGGAUCUCAAAUCCACCCUGAGAGUUCUUUACAACCUGUUCACCAAAUACAAGAACCUGGAGUGACAGCAGUGAGCCGCAGAGCCUGUGCCGGGCGUGCGGGCCUGGCUUCCCCCACCCCACCCCACCCCACCCCACCCCACCCCAUCCCACCCUACCCCUGCUCCACUGGCCUGUUUGUGUCAUUGCUCAUAAGCUCCGUAGUGUAACACACAGUGGGCAGCAUCCUUUAAAAUGCAGGGCUCGGCACUCCCCUGUGCUUGCGUGGGCCCCAUGGGUGCUCACGGGACACUAGUUGGCCCUGAUCCCACCCAAAUCCCCCAGCCUGUGGGAGGGGCGCCCCGCAAGCCUUUCCACGGAGGAGUUAACGACCGCGGGUGAUCACAGCAGCCCCGACCGCUCUGCAGGAGCCAUGGGUCAGCUUGACCGGUGCGGGCGACUCUCCUUGGAAGCAAGGCCUUUUUAGUAAAAAGCGUUUUGUAGUUUUAAAAACUCCCCUCUAAAAUCCCAGAAGCUUCUGAUGGGAUGGGAGGGCCCGCCCCCGCCCCGCCCCCGCCCCUGCCCCACAUUCUGCCUCUUGAUCAGCCAGUAUUCUUUUCAUCUACCUUUUGCACAAACGUCUAAGACCCGGGUGACCCUCAGCUGCCACUGCGUGGGAGGCAGGAUUUGCUGAAGCGAUGUUGGAGGGGGAUUUUUUGGUGCUGUUUUGGGGUUUUGUUUUUGGUUUUUUUGAUGACAGCCAAGUAAGUGGGCUGCGUCAGGAGCCAGAUCUAAAAUGUUGCUUGACACAUCUCAGAGGCCCUGUUUGGGAAUCGAUGCAUUUUUAAGCUUUUAAAAAACGGAGUCUCUCCAUUUGCAGGGGCCGCUGUAACAAAGUGGGGACUUAGACGACAGGAAAACAGGACUGUGUUGUCUCCCAGCAGCGGAGGCCCAAAGCCCAGCAUUGAGGCAGGGCUGGCGCCGCUGGAAGCCCCUCUCCUUGGCUUGCAGGUGGCCAUCCCUCCCCCGUGUCCUCCCUCUGUCCCUGGCUGUGUCCUAAUCUCCUCUUAUAAGGACACCAGCCAUAAGGAUGAGGGCCACCCAUGUGACCUCUUUGUAACGUCCUGGCCUCUGCAAAGACCCCAUCUCCAAGUAUGGUGACAUUCUGAGGUGCUCAGGGUUAGAGCUUCAACAUAUGGAUUCCGGGGGACACAGUUCAGCCCUUACUGGGGGGAUACGAAGUCUUGCGUGGCUUUCUGGAACCCUGCUGGCAUCUCCCACUGGGUACUCCGGAAAGGGAUGCUCUUGGUCCCCUCCCCUACUCACCUUGGCUCAAGAGAGAUGGGGGGGCCUCCCCUCUGCUGAGGGGGGCACCUGCACUGUGUCACUGCACCUGCAGCGCCCCCGCCAGCAGCCUCCUCCCUGGGCUCAGCAUUUGCUGCCAAGCAGGACGGGCCUUUCUCAUCUCAGAUUUUCACCUUCCCGCUGUCGAUCGAUCGGAGCUGUUGAGCUGGUUGUUAGUAUUAAAUCGAACGCCGGCGCUCGCGACUCAGGAAACCCUUUGCUGUUGUGUCUCAGCUCUACAGCCGCCAGGCUGGCGGGAGUUUCCAAAUAACUGUUCUGAUGGAAGUGGUUUCCCAGCAGGGGCAAGAAAUAAUUAAAACAGUAUUACGGUGUCUCUUGUGGGAUGCGGUGACAUUAAAGGGCCACUUUGACAAAAUA